AUGGACGUGGUUCCACCCUACAAGCAAGAGGCACCAAAAACUCCACCUCACGUGAUCCUGCACUAUGUUGCCUUCAAAACCGCCUGGGAUUGGAUGAUUCUCUUUCUCACAGGCUACACUGCUGUAAUGGUCCCAUUUAAUGCGGCCUUUCGCAGCAAAACCAUCGAUGAUGUCAUCUUCCUCGUCAUUGACAGCAUCGUGGACGUCAUCUUCUUUAUAGAUAUUGUAUUGAACUUCCAUACAACAUUCGUAGGGCCUCAGGGCGAGGUGAUCUCCGACGCCACUGUUAUUCGCAUCAACUACCUCAAGGGUUGGUUCAUCGUUGAUCUUCUUUCCUGUCUCCCCUACGAUGUGUUCAAUGCUUUUCAACCGGAAGCUACUCAGAGUACCAUAAGCUCGCUGUUCAGCGCAUUGAAGGUAGUUCGUCUGCUACGAAUUGGCCGAGUUACAAGGAAAUUGGACCAAUACCUCGAGUACAUGGCGGCUAGUCUCUUUCUCAUGAUAUUUGGCUUCGUACUCCUUGCUCACUGGUUGGCCUGCAUUUGGUACAGCAUCGGCAUGUCCGAUCUUGAGAACUUCAUCCACUACGGCUGGAUACCCCGUCUCUCCAGUGAUAUUGGCCUUACCAGUAAAAACUACAGCCUUUUUGAUGCCAAGAACAUCUCAGUGUCAAGAUCCAUGACCUACAUCACGGCCUUGUACUACACCCUUUCGUUAAUUACCAGCAUUGGAUUCGGAAAUGUUUCUGCAAACACUUUCGGAGAGAAGAUAGUUUCCGUUAUUUUUAUGCUUAUUGGCGCAUUUAGCUACGCCACUAUUUUCGGUCAGAUUACAACAAUAUUUCAGGGAAUGUACGCAGCCCGUUCAAGAUACCACGAUAUGAUGGGAUCGGUGAAAGACUUCGUGAAGACACACAAUGUGCCGCAGGACCUGGCAGAACGGGUCAUUGACUACGUUACAUCAACUUGGGCCAUCACAAAAGGCAUUGAUACUGCUAAGAGCCUCGAAUCGCAUUUCGCGUCUGGAGAAAAGGAGGGCGCCUCCGAGUGA